AUGCCGCCCAAUCCCCGAUCGGACCGACCUGACGUGUUGCCUCGCUCGCGAAGCGUCAGCUUGUCGAACGAUGUACAGCCCUCGGUAGCGGGCGUCCUCUCCCCUCCCGCCGUUGAGCCGAGUCCCGCAUUUAUCGCAGCUUCGGCGGCGUCGCAGAUCGUUGCCGCCGACCUGGAACAGAAUGGGUUGAUCUCUUCGGCCGAUGGAGACAGUGCCCUGGUCACGCCAGGCUCCCUCGCGUUGCUGAACGGCUUCCUCGACUACUUGUUAUUUAACAUCCUGGCUGUGGCCAAGUCGACCCAAUUGAGCGCUCUGCGCCCGGCCAUCGCGGAGGUGCUGAAGCCCCGACUGGCCAAGGAGGUUAUCUCUGCCGCAGAUGAGGAGCUGAGCGAGUACAUGGGUGGUGGAGAGGAUGAGGAGCUAUUGGACUUUCACGGCGGCCAGGAGCCACGCGGUGAAUUCGAUCUGAUCCGCUCAUGGAAACUGACCCGCUUGAGGUGCAUGGUUUACACCCGGCUCGGCGACCUGGAGGAGGAAGAGGAGGAUGAGUAUAUCGCGCGAGAAGGGCUAGACGAGGCCGGCGGUGCUCCUCGUAGAUUCGCGAGUCAUGUCGGGAAUAUCACUCCUGCAGCUGCGAUUUUCCUCACUUCUAUCAUCGAAUACCUCGGUGAACACGCCUUGGUCCUUGCCGGCGAGAAUGCUCGUUCCCGCUCGCCCCGAAUGGGUACUGGCCGUGAAGGCCAGUCUGAAGCCGCAGUCGAAUCCAAUGUUCGACUGGUCGUCGAGGAAAGUGACAUGGAGAAAUUGGCACUGAACGCAACUCUGGGUCGCCUGUGGAGAACCUGGAGAAAGCGUGUCAAGGGACCGACAUUGUCGAGGACGCUUUCGAGAGAAUCUUUUGCGCGUCGUGGGAUUGCGGGUAGUAGGAAAAGUAGCAUAACAACAAUCGACGGACGUGAUGAACGAGACCACACCCUCGCACGCGCAGUCGAAGAGGAAGAGGAGCACGUUGACCCUGUCUCGGUUGCUCUGCCCGUCACGGAGAACGAUGCCAGAGAGAUCGAGGCACCAGUGGACGUCGAUGGAGAAGUCGAGACGAUGCAGGCAACCGUGGCACAGAAAGUGCGUCCUCGGAGUCUGAUGGUGUCGAAUACCGGGCUGCUCACGCCAACUUCCCCGACCGGAAGCUCACCAAACACGAUACCCUCUGCCAGCGAUGCGGCCUUUUCCCGUCACAGUCGGACGAGGUCUCUCCCGAUUCCACCAAAUACCCUCCCCACGCCCUCGAGUGAUGAAGAUAGCGCCAACGGCGGCGAGUCCGGCAGGCGGCCCGAAGAGCGCCCAUCCUUAGAGACCAUGUAUGAGAGCGAAGAGAAUGAGACGGCACCAGCACAACCUGCUGAAGCUUCCAAACCCCGAGAGGUCACACCCGAGUCCGCCAGUGCAGAAGACACUGGGCGGGAACAGCGGCCUUCGAAAGUCGAUAGUAAAGAUCCUUUGGCAGAAGUGGAGAGCGACCAUCGCGGCAACGAUGUUGAGGUUAUUGAAGGCCAGGGCACAUAUGAGAGACCUAAGCUGUCCAAUUUACCUGCGCAGCGACCCAGGAGAAAAUCCAGCAGAGAAACCUCCCGGAGGGACAAUCGAUCCGCCUAUGUAAUCGAGACUGGAGAUUCUCCUGCUGGCAUCCCUGGCGAUCAUGCGCCACCCAUGCAAGGGGUCGAUCCCUCCGCACCCACGCAACAAACGGAAGAUGACAGGUUACGUUCAAGCUCCGUGCGCGCUCAGGAUGAGAGUAUAUCAUCUGCAACAUCGCAUCCGCGGCAGCUUGAAGGCGCUUCUGCACUGUCUGUGCCGCCCGCCCAUGAAGGGGCCGAAACUGCUGAUGGCCGUUCUCGAAAUACCUUGAUCGCCAGCCGACACGCGUCUUCUAACUAUUCGGACAGCAUUGGGGCUCCGCAGUCUACGUCGGACGAGAGUGAACCCGUAUCUCGCUCGCGGACGCCCUCUCGGUCAACUUCCCAACCUCCGUCGGGCAGUGGCCAGGUCCGUCACGCUCAGGGCGAUUCUCUUGCGGGCUCUGAACGGGCCGCAGUUCAACGAAUCCACGGCCCGUCAUCAUCGCAGCCGUCGAGCAUUUCCAAGUCACGCCGGUCAGAGAGCAUCGGCAGUUCCAAGCGUCCGCAGACCGCUGGAUCGACCACCUCGACAAUUUCCAGUAAAUUGAGAGGACUGAUCGGCCGUCAUCCAGCAGAGGGGGAUAACCCGCUUCCACAACGCGCGCGAGCUUCCUCUGAAGCCAGCAGGAAGUCCUCGGCGAGUGAUGAGAUAGGAGGGGAUGACAAGUCUGACCUAGACAGGUUGAUCAAGAGCGACGAAACAAUACAUUACACCUUGACGCCGCGCAGCAUGAGAGAGAUAGAGGCACCCGGGUCGCCGCGAUGGAACGCAGCUCGAACUGAGACCGCCGAGUUGGCCGACUUCCUCAAGAAUACGGCACCACCUGGAGAUGUGCCAUUGCCAUCACCGCAGCCCAAGAUCAUCGGCAGCCCUUCUCCCCGAAUCAACGGGUUGCGUGCCCACCCGCCAAGUCCACCCAGUUCCAAGGCGAAUUCAGUUGAUAUCCGGCCCUCGAGUCCAACUAGUCAACGAUCUUCGGCCAAACCCAAGAUGUAUCAAGCGCGUGAUGCCAGAAUGGCCAAUGAAUCCAUUCGAGACUUUGCCGACUUUAUCCGGUCCACCGGUCCACCAGGCAGCACUCAAGGACCAGCAAAUCCACCCAGUGGAAGCCUGCGAACCCAUUAUCGGGAUGCCUCUGACUCUGUGGUCAGCGGCGUCCGAUCAGAGACACCGCAGUCGAACUCGUCCAGGGCAACGGCAAAACCGAAGGAGACUGAAUCGCAGAAGAAGACUGGACCACGUCUGCAACCCCGUGCCGCUGUGGCAUCAGCAGAAGGUAAUUCUACUUCUGAGCUCAUCGACUUCAUCCGGGAAGGCCCGCCGGUUGCAGGUGGUCACCGCAUACCCCGAACUGUCGCCCCUUUCCGGACUACCAUGGAUUCUGACGAUUUUAAUUCACUGGAUAUAGCCCGGAUCGAGAACGACUCGGCUGCCCAAACCUCCGCUGCCAGUACGCAGGAUGGUUCGACGCAAUCCGAUUCCCUCCGCUCCUCGGUGAAUUCUCGCGCACCACUUCUCGAGUCCUCAAAUCGGUCAAAUGCUCCUUCUGGCCCUGUCCGCAAGCAGCGCCGGGCGCGAGAUCCCUACGCCAUUGAAUCGGAUGACGAGCUCGACGAGCUCCCAGACACUCCAAAGGCCAAGCCACCGAGAGAGGAGGAAAGUUUGCUCGAUUUCUUGAACAAUGUGCCUCCGCCUCCUGGAAAUGAUCGACCUCCGGAGCCCUUUUUAAUCAACAUGCCUCCUCCCAAGAGUUCUGGUGGCUUUUCGACUGCAUCGGCCAUGAAAGCGCGCUUCAGGCGCACCACAUCGGUCGACAAGACGCCAGUUCCGAAGCCGUCGAUGACCUCGAUUCGUUCUCGCAAAUCCAGCCACUCUACCUCGGCUGCAGGCGUGGCGUUUUCCGUCCCAGCUUCUCCCAGCGUACCUGGCGGUUCUUCUGCUCGGCCCAGUGCGAACGCCCAGUUUGACAACAAUGCUUCUGGAAGCUCUGGCUACACUGUCCAUGUCAAUCGGGAGCGAGCCGGAGGUUCAAAUUCGCUGCCUCACGGUCCGGCCGGUGGCCCACGUCCGCCGCAGAGACAGACCGAAACCAGUGCACUGGCCGAUUUCCUGAGGAACACGGGCCCUCCGGAGCCGCCUCCUAUGCGAACGUCAUCUUCGCUCUCGGAGGAACGAAAGGAUGCAUCUGGAUUGUCCAAGCUGUUCAGGCGGGGCAAGAAGGUUGAGGCUUAG